AGAUUUGUGAUCUAGAAAAAUUACCCGUUUAUCCUGAGAGCCAUGUAGGAAUUGACCGAAACCUGGAUUUGAAGGCCCAACCCUGAUCAAAAUGCUGGCCCAGGUCUACGACACGCUCGUGUAUGGAGCCAUAUUCUUGAGCCUGUUCUUCAUUGACUAUAUCUUGGGGAAUGGCUUUGUCGAUGUGUCACAGAAGGCCUUCUGCAAGGUAGCAUGCUUCAUCAAGCGGUCGAUCAGGGAGGAGGCGAAGGUGGCGCAGCUCACCACCGAGAAUCCCAUCAGUGUGCCCGUUCUGUUUGCCGAAAUUUUGGCGUUGUCACUUACUAUUGCAAUCCUAAAGAAAUACAAGCACAUCCGCGGCAAGGAUCGAAUGGAUGAACUGCUGCAGGAGAGCCGCGAUGCGCUGCGGCAGACCAACGAGUUCCUGGAGAAAUGGCGGCUUAGACGAAUAAAUUGGCAGGUGCCCACCGAGUACUCCUACCUGGAUGACGAGCCGCAGGAGAUCAAGCCCCUCAAACUGGAGGUGCCUAUACUCCAUAUGGCUAUCAUAGAUACUCUAGGAACCACUCGGAGCCAGCCUGAACGAGGGGACGCAGGUGACACAAUCAACAUCACCGACUCCACUCUCCUCUCAGUAACUUCUCUCCUAGAUGACGAGCUGGAAUCCUCUGACAGUCAGGAUCCAGUCAACGCGAAUGGCGAGAAAGCUUCAGAGAACACCCGAGUGGAGUUCCGCAAUAGGUACCUCUGGGACGUCAUGGAAGAAGAUGCCGCUAAUCUGGAGGAUUGAUAGAAACACAUGAUCAAAAGCAGUCAGACUCAAUGUGAAUAGUUUUAACGCGAUCACAGUACGGUG